UCCGGGCUGAGAACUACAUCUCCCGGCAUGCCCCGCGCUGGGCACUGGGAUAAUCAGCUCUCCCUGUCCUUUGUCUGUUCCUAUGGACACUCCCAUGCAUUGCUGAGGGACCUGGCUGCUGGCUGUGAUGCUGGGGAGAGAGCUGCUGCCUAUGGCCCAGGCGGCGCCCACGUUUGAAGAUGUCGCGGUGUACUUCUCUCGGAGCGAGUGGACGAGUCUCAGCCCCUCCCAGAGGGAUCUGUAUAAGAGCGUCAUGAAGGAGAACUACGAGUGUGUGAGUUCCAUAGGUUAUGCCAUACAGAAGCCGGAGAUUGUGUCCAGAAUAGAAUGUGGAGAGGAGCCGUGGUCUGGCGAGGGUCCCGAUGGAAGAUGUCACGGGUCAGAUUGGACUGGAAAGAUGGAAGCAGAAGAGCCGGACGAUAUCCUGAGUCCCAGGGAAGGUACGGCGGACAUCAUCACAUGCACUGGACAAGCGCUGGACGAUAAUGGCCGCCUGUCCUCCGGCCACGGCAGUAAAUCGUUGGAGACCUCUGAAGAUAAACCUCAUAUCUGCAGCCACUGCGGUCACUGCUUCAGCUGCUACCGGGCUGUGGAGAGGCACCAGGCCAUGUGCAAAGGGGGCCCACCUCAUCGGUGUCCUUACUGUGGCCAAGGCUUUGUGCAGAGGUCAGACCUGCUCAGCCACCGGAGGACGCAUGUGGAAGAGAGGCCGCAUCAGUGCGCCGACUGUGACAAGAACUUCGCCGAACGCUCUGCCCUCGUUAACCAUCGGAGGACACAUACCAGGGAGAGGCCGUACAAGUGCGUAGACUGCCUUAAAAGCUUUACCCAGAGGUCUGCGCUGACCAAGCACCGCAGGACGCACACUGGGAAGAGGCCGUAUUGCUGCUCGGUGUGCACGAAGAGCUUUAUCCAAAACUCCGACCUGGUGAAACAUCUACGGACACACACCGGGGAAAGGCCUUACCCCUGCCCUGUCUGUGAUAAGCGCUUUGCGGAGAGUUCUGCCUUGAUGAAACACAAGAGGACCCACAGCACCGAGCGGCCCUACAGCUGCUCAAUGUGCACCAGACGCUUCUGCCAGGGUUCUGACCUCACUAAACAUAUGAAGACACACGGCAAAGGUCCAGGCCCAGCACAGAACGCUGCCACGGGGCUCUCAGGUCCGCAGAGUGAUCUGAUCAGAGAGGCAGGCCCUCCUUACACCUGCGCUGACUGUGAGAAGACGUUCAGGCAAUGGACUCCUUUCCUGAGACACCAGCUGAUGCAUUCGAGGGAGAGACCCUGGAAGUGCCCGCAGUGCAACAAGACUUUCAUUCAGAAGUCUGACCUGGCCAAACAUCAGAGGACUCACACCGGCGAGAGGCCGUAUCAGUGCGCACAGUGCAGCAAAGGUUUCAUUCAGAAGUCCGACCUGGCCAAACAUUUGCGGACACACACCGGUGAGCGUCCAUUCCGCUGUUCCCACUGCCAAAAGACCUUUGCCGAACGGUCUGCCUUGGCCAAGCACCAGAGGACCCACACGGGAGAGAAACCGUACAAGUGUACAGCUUGCGGGAAAGGUUUUACUCAGAGGUCAAAUCUCAUCCUGCACCACAGAACCCACACCGGGGAGCGGCCCUACAAGUGUCUGCAGUGCGAUCGAAGCUUUAUUCAGAACUCCGAUCUGGUGAAGCAUCAGAGAGUCCACGUGAGACAGCAACGUCUGGCUGAGAAACCCGCAGCCGGAGGCACUGCUGUAUCGUACAGCUGUGCCGAGUGUGGUCAGGACUUCAGCCAGCUGUCCAGUUUCGUGAAGCACAAGAAGUUGCACGGUGGAUACAGACUCUUCCAGUGCACAGAGUGCGACAAGAGCUUCGUACAGAAGUCUGACCUGAUGAAGCACCUCCGCAGCCACGGUGCAGAGAAGCCCUACCAGUGUACGCUGUGCCAGAGCAGCUUCAUGCAGAGAUCCUAUCUCCAAAAACACUGGCGGACGCACACCGGGGAGCGGCCCUACCCUUGCCAGCACUGCGGUAAGAACUUCACCGAGAGGUCGGCUUUGGUUAAACACAAUAGGACGCACACAGGCGAAAGGCCGCACACAUGCAGCGUCUGCGAGAAAGCCUUCAUUCAGAGGUCCGCUUUGACCAAGCACAUGAGGAGUCACACGGGAGAAAAGCCCUACGCUUGUGCUCAGUGCGGCAAGAGCUUCAUCCAGAACUCUGACCUGAUCAAGCACCAAAGAAUUCACACGGGCGAGAAGCCUUAUCAAUGUACCGAAUGUAAGAAAAGCUUUACCGAAGGGUCGUCUCUGGUGAAACAUCGUAGAACCCACACCGGGCAGCGACCGUACCAGUGUCCACGGUGUGAGAAGAAUUUUACACAGAGGUCAGACUUGGUGAAGCAUGUAGUGAUCCACGCGGUGGACAACCCUCCCGCCGCCACUGCUUUCCAUGAGAUAGUCAUCGUAAAUCCAGGGGAUGUGAACCAGGCUUCAGGUGAGGAGACCUACCCUCACCGGUGUCCAGAAUGUGACAAAGUCUUCCCUCAGGGGCCCGCUCUCAAGAAGCACCUCAGAACGCAUACAGUGGGGAAGCGCUACUCGUGCAACGAGUGUCACAAAAGCUUUUUCCAGACCUCCGAUUUGGUUAAACAUCUUCGAACGCACACUGGGGAGCGGCCCUACCACUGUGCAGAGUGCGACAAGGGCUUCAUCCAAAACUCUGACCUUGCGAAACACCAAAGGACCCACACCGGGGAGCGUCCAUUCACAUGCGACAGAUGUGACCGCGGCUUUGUGCAGAAAUCGGCGCUGACAAAGCACAUGAGAACGCACACCGGGGAAAAGCCGUACAAGUGCGAGCAGUGCGGGAAAUGCUUCAUCCAAAACUCCGAUCUAGUGAAGCAUCGGAGAAUUCACACGGGCGAAAAACCUUACCGCUGCCCCGAGUGCGACAAGAGCUUUACCGAGGGGUCAUCUCUAGUCAAGCACCGCCGAAUUCACAACAGAGCGCAGCCCUACUCCUGCAGCCACUGCGGAAAAGCCUUCAGUCAGAGCGCAAAACUUCUGAAGCACAUGAAGUGCCACGUGCAGGAAAAGCCGCAAGUAACCAGCGCAGGUCCAGGGAGUCUUGUCCUCGCCGCUGAUCCUGUCCCAAAGAGAGUCCAGGGUUUAGUUUCCUCGUUACGAGGAAGAAACGGUAAUAACAGGGAAAGAUUGUUUAAGUGCAGCGAGUGUGAGAAGAGCUUCGCUCACCGGUCUGUGCUCAUUAAACAUUUGCGCAUACACACGGGGGAGCGGCCGUACAAGUGUAGCUUAUGUAUACGAAGUUUUAUCCAAAACUCCGACCUUGUGAAGCAUUUCCGCACGCACACGGGAGAGCGGCCGUACAAGUGUGGCGAAUGUGGCAGAAGCUUUGUUGAGAGAUCAGCUCUGUCUAAACACCUUCGGACGCACAGCAGAGAGCGCCACCGCGCCGAAGGGGAGACUGGCUUUCUCCCGGAGGGUUCCAGGUCUUUUCAGAACCAGGUCACAUACUGGGGUCCGUCAGAAGACGACCCCAAAAGCUUGAUACCAAAGUUACAGGUUAUUAAACAAGAAGAUAACUUUACCGACAUCCGACCUCUUAGUGGCUUAAACAGUUUCUGUCCUUCUGCGCCGAAACAUAGGAGUGCUGCCACAAAGGUCCAACCGUACUCCUGCCCAAAGUGCGACGAACGUUUCACCCACCAAUCUGUCUUCCUAAAGCACAUGACGACACACGCAAAACAGCUACAUACAUGUUCUGUAUGCGGGAAGAACUUCCAUCAAAGAUCUGCACUGGUGAAACACAUGAGAAGACACACGGGAGAGAAGCCCUAUCCGUGUCCCACCUGCGACAAACGGUUUAUUCAGAACUCUGACCUGGCGAAACAUCUGAGAACUCACACGGGAGAGAAACCCUACAAAUGUAACAGCUGCGCAAAAUCUUUCGUUGACUGCUCGGCAAUGGUCAAGCACUGGAGGACGCAUACCGGGGUGAGACCCUACAAGUGCGAGGCGUGUGAGCGAGGUUUCGUGCAGAAAUCGGACCUGGUGAAGCACAUGAGGAUACACACAGGAGAAAAGCUGUAUUCAUGCCGGACAUGCGGCAGGGGCUUCAGCACACAUUCCGCCUCUGUCAGACACCAGCGGCUCUGCAGCGUGGGGAGCUCUUACACCAGUGCCCUGUUCUGUACCCCCGAGUUCAUCUGGAAUGAGCACCCUACUUCAGCCGUUCUGCAAGGUUCCGCUUUUGCAGAGGAAACAUCGAGUUUGAUCGCUAAGAUGUCGGGAGCGGUCUCUUAAGCACAGGCACCCGUCAUUAGGCACAUACGGAGUCGGGAGCGGUCUCUUAAGCGCAGGCACCCGUCAUUAGUCUCCUACUGAGUCGGGAGCGGUCUCUUAAGCACAGACACCCGUCAUUGGUCACAUACUGAGUCGGGAGCGGUCUCUUAAGCGCAGGCACCCGUCAUUAGUCACAUACUGAGUCGGGAGCGGUCUCUUAAGCGCA